GGUCUCUGGACGUGGAGAUGGAGCUAAGGCCUAAGGGCACCUUGAUCUCACGACCUGUCCUGUGAAUGAAUUGUUUUUCUUCGGACUUGUAUAUGUCAGUUAUCUGGCCCCACAAAUAAACCGAUAUACGAUUAGAUUACAUAACGUUACAGACACAUACAAAGUCUUAUACAACACAAAAAGACCAUAUACAUAGACAUAUGUGCGAAUCUUGGCGCAGAUCAACGGCCCAUAAAGUGCGUGCCCGCACUUGCGUGCAUCCUCUCCCUCGUCAUUUGUUUCGUCCGAAUUCAAGCGAAGGAAAAAAAAAACUUCGCGCUGAAGUUCAUCUCACCGAAAGAAAGGGGAAGUCGCCGCUGCAUUGUAUAUUGCUGUCCACGGCUUGACUGUCUGAUCUUCAUCCCCAUCCCUGCACUUUCCUCCACCGACCAUCCUCCGGCGAACAACCGCUUCUGCCGGAUCUGAUGGAGGCCGCGAUUGUGUGGCUGGCGCAGGCCAUCCUCGGAACACUCCGAAUCGACAAGCUGGAUGCGUGGAUCCGCCAAGCCGGGCUUGCCGACGACAUCGAGAGGCUCAGGCGCGAGGUCGAGAGGGUCGAGGUGGCGGUCAGCGCCGUGAGGGGGCGGGCGGCCGCGAACGAGCCGCUGGCCCGGUCUCUCGCUCGCCUCAAGGACCUGCUCUACGAAGCCGACGAAGUGGUCGACGACCUCGACUACUGCAGGCUCCAGCAGCAGGUCCAAGGAGUUGCAUGGGGCGAUCCUGGCAGAAUGCAUGAAGCAGAGCGAGUAGAUGAGAGAUCGAGGGGAGGUGAUGCUAAUAUACUUGGUACCAGUGGUGGCAAGAAAUGGUCCAAAGCAUGGUGUGAUUUUGAUAUCACAGAGGAAAACAACGGAAAGCCUGUGAAAGCAAAGUUUAAACACUGUCAAAAUGCAGUUAAGUGCGGAAGCGACAGAGGGACGUCAAUCUUGAACAACCAUGUCAAGAGUGAGGGUUGUAAGAACCCCAGAGGAACUGACCAGCCGCCAAACUCUUCAUGCAUCUGUGAUGCUACUGCAAAUGCUGCACCUGUUGUAAUUGGUGAUUUGUUCAGCAGAAAAAGGAGAAGAGAUGAGGAGUUGGCACAAACCACCGCAGCUAACAUUAACCUUUGGCACAAGGCAGAUUGUUUCAAUAGGAUACAGGAAAUAACUCAGCAGUUACAAGACAUCCUAGAGGAUGUGAGUGGUGUUCUCAAGAUGCAUGGAUCGGCCUCUAUUACAAGCUCAAAUGAUGUGUGCCCAACAACAUCAAGUCUUAAUCAGCAAAAAGUGUAUGGGAGAGAUUCAGAGAUGAGCACCAUCAUAAAGAUGAUUACAUCUGAUAAACAUGAAGGUGUGUCUGUACUGCCUAUUGUAGGCAUUGGAGGAGUUGGCAAGACAACUCUCACACAACUCGUAUAUAAUGAUCCAACAGUAAAAGAGCAGUUUGAACGGAAAUGGCUAUGGGUGUCAAACAGCUUUGAUGAAGUAAGGCUUACAAGAGAGAUGUUAGACUUCAUUUCUCAAGAAAGUCAUGAAGGAAUAAAUGAUUUUGCGAAGCUUCAGGAGAUCUUGAAGGUACAUAUGGAGUUCCAGUCGGAAAGGUUUCUGCUCAUUUUAGAUGAUGUCUGGGACACUCUGGAUGAUUACCUAUGGAACAAACUGUUGUCUCCAAUGCUAUCAACUCGUGUGAAGGGCAAUGUGAUUAUUAUCACAACUAGAAAUUUCUCUGUUGCACAAAGGAUAGGUACCCUCGAACCGGUCAACUUAGGUGCUUUGGCAAAUGAUGAUUUUUGGUUAUUGUUCAAAUCACGUGCAUUUGGUGAUGAGAACUACGAAGAGCAUCAAACUCUAGGCAUCAUUGGGCAUCAAAUAGCAGAGAAGUUAAUGGGCAACCCGUUAGCAGCUGGAUCUGCAGGAGAACUAUUAAGAAAGCAGCUUACUGUUGAUCAUUGGAGUACCAUUUUGAAGAAUGAAUGUUGGAAAUCCUUGCAACUAAGCAGGGGCAUCAUGUCUGCUUUAAAGCUUAGCUAUGAUCAACUACCCUACCAUCUACAACAAUGUUGCUCAUACGUUUCUAUAUUUCCCUACAACCAUCAGUUUCUUGGUGAUGAGUUGGUCCGCAUUUGGAUUUCACAGGGAUUUGUGAACUGUAACCACUCAGGUAAGAAAUUGGAGGAGACAGGACAUGAUUAUCUGACUGAUUUGGUGAAUCUAGGCUUCUUUCAGCAAGUUGAAUGCAAAGAUGAGAGCACCCGUUUUCGAGAUGAAAUUUUUGUCAUGAGAGUCCAUAAUCGAGUUGUAAGAGAAGAGCCAUUUCAAGGCAGACAAACUUCCUAUGCUAUGUGUGGCCUUAUGCAUGAUUUUGGACGGGUGGUUUCAAGAAAUGAGUGUGCAAUUAUAGAUGAUCUAUGGUGCAACGAAAUUUUGCCAACUGUACAACAUUUGUCAAUAGUAACCGACUCUGCAUACUGCAAGAAUCAAGAUGGAAGGAUACCACGUAGCUACAAGUUUGAAGAAAAUUUGAGAAAUACAGUUACAUCAGUAAGAAGAUUGAGGACACUGGUGUUAAUUGGGCAGUAUGACUCUUUCUUUUUCCAAUCCUUUCAAGAUAUAUUCAAAAAGGCACAUAAUUUACGUCUGCUGCAAAUGUCUGCAACAGCUUCUGAUUUUAGUUCCUUCGUGUGCACUUUAGUAAAUCCUACCCAUCUUCGCUAUCUGAAGGCUCCUACGCCAGGAGUGGCUUUACCUCAAGUUUUGAGCAAGUUCUACCAUCUUCAAGUAUUAGACACUGGCUCAUACAUUGAUCCAAUGAUACCUAAUGGUAUCCAUAAUCUUGUGAGCCUGCGUCAUAUUGUUGUAGAAGGACUAUCCUCUUCCAUUCCUUGCAUUGGUAAAAUGACAUCCCUUCUGGAGCUACAUGAUUUUAGGGUUCAAAAUACUAGCAGCUUUGAGAUAACACAACUUCAGUCCAUGAACGAGCUUCUGCAACUAGGUGUCUCACGACUUGAAAAUGUUACCACUAAAGAUGAGGCUGAUGGAGCAAAAUUGAGGGACAAAAUACACUUAGAAAAGCUGCGCUUGUCGUGGAAGUAUAAUGAUCACAGUGGCAAAGCAAGAGAGGUGCUCGAGGGUCUUGAACCACAUCCAGGCUUAAAGCAUCUGCGGAUAUUUGGGUACAAUGGUACUACUUCCCCAACUUGGCUUGCCAGCAAUUUUUCAGUUACCUCUUUGCAGACGCUUCAUCUAGAGGAUUGUGGAGAAUGGCAAAUACUUCCAUCUUUGGAAAUGCUUCCGUUUCUUACGAAGUUGACGUUGUGCAACAUGCAGAAAGUAAUGGAAGCAAUGUUUCCUUCAUUGGAGGAGCUGGUUUUAGUUGAAAUGCCAAAGUUGGAGAAAUGUUCCUGCAGUUCCCUGUGGGAUAUGAACUCUAGUUUAAGAGUACUGAAUAUCAAGAUGUGUAGUGCACUGAAGGUGUUUGAUUUGCUUGAUGGGGGCAUUAAAUUCGAAAGCAAGCAGAAAUCAUGGUUGCCUGGUCUUAGAAAGCUAAUUAUCUACGAUUGUCCUCACUUGGAAGUAAUGCACCCUCUUCCACCUUCAACCACAUGUUCUGAAUUCUUUAUCAACAGAGUUUCAACACUGCCAAGGAUGGAGGGAUCAUCCGGAGAAACAUUGAAAAUCGACGGUCCAAGUUUUUUACAUGCUGGGUGGUUUUAUGAGAUGUGGACACUGGAUGACAGAAUAUUAGCAUUCCAUAAUCUAAGGGGCCUUAAGUACUUGUGUAUCAGAUAUUGCCGGAAUCUGAUGUCUAUUCCAUUUGAAGGUUUUUGUCAGCUAGUCUCCUUAAAGAGUUUGGAAAUAAGCAAUUGUGGAAAACAUUUCUCUCUAGAUAUACCAGAGUGUGCCCAUGAAGAUGUGGUAGUUGCAAAUUGUACUGCCCUCCCAUCUCUUGAAAAUCUCAGAAUUUAUUGUUGUGGCAUAACGGGGAAGUGGCUAUCUUUGAUGCUGCGACAUGCGACGGCUCUGAUGGUGUUAAGUUUAUGGGACUGCCCACAGAUAACACAGUUAUCAAUAGAAGAGGGAGAAAACAGUCAGUCAAAUCUUAUCUCAACCAUGCAAGCUUCUUCAUCAGGCUAUUCAAAUGACUCAUUGACAAGCUCAGCUCCAGACGGACUCUUGCACAUUCCGUUAAAUGUCCUCUCCUCUCUCAAGGAGAUGGAAAUUAGGGAAUUCCCUUAUCUAACAUUUUGCCAUAGCAAGGAAGGCUUAUCUGGAUUUACCUCCCUCGAGAAGCUAACAAUUUGGUCUUGCCCUGAGCUGCUCUCAUCUUCGGUGCGUAUUGAUGGAAAUGAUGGCCAGGUGAAUGGAAGUUGUCUCCUCCCUCAAUCACUUGGACAUCUCGAGAUAGCCGAUUAUUCUCGAGCAAUGCUGCAACCAUGCUUUCCAAGGAAUCUCACCUGCCUUAAAAAACUCCAAAUAUGGUCCAAUAAAAGUUUGGAGUCUCUACAGCUACAGUCAUGCACGGCACUGGAGGAGUUGCAUAUUUCGGGAUGUCCAUCGCUCGCCGCACUAGAGGGCUUCCAGUUCCUUAGGCAUUUGAGCUUAUUCAGCACCCCCAAUUUGCCACCAUUUCUAGAGCAUGUGUCAAGGCAAGGUUAUGAGCUAUGCCCUCAAUUGGAAAAGCUUGUGGCCGAUAACCCGUGUGUCCUUACCACGCCAUUCUGCAAGCAGCUCACAUCCCUACAACGCUUAGAACUUCGAAGUUGCGAGAGUGAAGCAACGCGGCUAACAGAUGAGCAAGCGGGAGCGCUUCUGCUCAUCACGUCCCUGGAAGAGCUCCAGUUUUGGAAAUGCAGGUAUCUCGUAGAUCUUCCUGCGGAGCUGCACCGCCUUCCCUCCCUCAAGAAGCUGGAGAUCGAUAAUUGUCACCGCAUGUUGUGGCUGCCAGUAAAGGGCCUGCCACCUUCGCUGGAAGAACUGAAUAUAACCUGCCAUGGCGGUUGCAGCAUGGUUCUGGCUACUCAAUGCAGGUGGCUAGCAACAAGAAAGCUAAAGGUCAAAAUUGAUGGAAAAUAUGUGAACUGAUGACUGGGUUAAGCACAUACUUUUAUCCACGCAACGCAUAUCAUUGAGUUGUUUCAAAGGUAUAUACUUCUACCCUGAUCAUGCUAUGUCAGAGUUGCACAUCACAAAGUAAGCAAUCUCAUAGCAGGCAUGCCACUCAUUUAUUGAUGCAGCUUGCGGGCGCUGUGUCUUCUGGAUAAUGCAAUUGUAUGCUCUGUGACAGUGUUCAGUGCAAAUCUGUUUUUGCUGCAUCACAAGCUUACGUUUGGAAGGCCAAGAGCUUAAGUGCCUCUUUCUUCCUUGCACCAGUUCUAUUUCUUUUCUCUGGAAUAUAAGAAAUGGAAAGCAGUCGGGCAGGAGUUAAGAAAUGGACUUCCUCUCAUAUCAACUGAAAACAGUCAACAGGCAUUCUUCCAGUCGGAUGAUUAAUUUGCAUCUGGACUACAGGCGGAUCUGCAUUAGAUCAAUUCUGAUGUUGAUUCACAAGUUGGUGUCAUGGAGCUCAUCAAGACCUUCCUUGCUGCAUCAUACCAAUUCACUCGGCGAUAAUUCAAUCCGGAACCUGAGCACAGAUGCACCCGUUGAACAGUAAAUUCAAAAAUAAUUUCCAGGAUUCGAACCCGUGACGUCAUGGUCACAAGGCAACAGCUUUACCGCUGCGCCAAGGCUCCCCUUCAAACACCACAAAGAAAACAAUUUCUCCCUUCUUUUUAGUUUAUUAUUAGGUCCAUCCAACAAAUUAUUGUAACUAAAAAUAUAAGAACCAAACUAAAUAGUUUGUGCUGAAAACAUGUGAACACUGAACAGUAACAUGCGUGCAGGAGCAUCAUUUGUAUUUCGUUUUGUAUGGAGAUCAUUUGAUGUUUUUUGGUGAUCAAACUUUGCAAGCUUCUAAAACAUUUGCUCAUACUCACAUCCUUCAAAUUUCAGAUUUUUUUGUCUUUUUCUAUUCUUUUUCGAAUUUACUGUUCACCGCGGUGGGUGCAGCCACUACUUUCCCAAAACGAAAGACAUAGGCCUGAUCGAGAUGUGGAGAUUGAGAUCACAUUUUCAGAUUCUAUAGCUAGCACAAAUGCACAAUACAUUGUCACACAAAGCUAGCGCAGUAAAUUGUCAGCCAAAGCUAAUUAAUUAGAUAAUGAGGAGGUUGAUAAAAA